UCGCUUGCCCGCUCACUUCUUGUUUGUGUCCGCUCUUGUCUCACUGCCAGCGUGGAUCACUGAACAUGUCAGACGCUCAUCAAGUUGGAGAAGAGUCAAGUGGUGACCAAAAGAUGUUUGAAACCACUACCGUUUCGAUUGAUGCUGUGACCCUGGAACAUGAGAAGAAGCUGCUUCGGAAGCUUGAUCGGAAGAUCUUACCGUUGACUUGCACACUAUAUCUCCUUGCUUACCUAGAUCGUACCAACCUCGGCAACGCUCGGCUGAUGGGUCUAGCACGGGACACGCUUGGAGGGGAUCCCACAGGUGUACUAUUUGAUGUGGCCAAUUCUGCUUUCUUUAUCACAUUCGUCGGUCAACGUCCACUUGGCUGAAAAAGGAGAGCUGAUUCCUAAACACGCUAGAUGCUUUUUCAAGUUCCAAUCACGGUACUGUCGAAGCGCUUCA